AUGGCCAGAAAUCAGAAAGUUGUCGUGGUCGGUGCCGGCCCCGUCGGCUCAUUGGCUGCCCUCUAUGCUGCCCAGCGCGGUCACGAUGUCGAGAUUUACGAGUUGCGUCCUGACCUUCGUGACCCGACGACAACUCUGUUGAACUUCACCCGCUCCAUCAACUUGGCAUUGUCGGAGCGCGGCAUCAACGCCAUGCGCAAUGCUGGCCAACCAAAGUUACUGGAACAUGUCUUUGGUGCCACUAUUCCCAUGCGCGGACGCAUGAUUCACGGCAGAACCCCGAAAGGUGAUCUGUAUGAAGCCUCCCAGGACUACGAUGUCCACGGCAGGGCCAUCUACGCUGUCGACCGCGCGGGUCUAAACAAGCGCAUGCUCGACAUUCUCGAGGAGAUGCCCAACGUCAAGUUCUUCUUCAGCCACAAGCUCACCGGCGCCGAUUUCAAGAAGUGCAAAGCCUGGUUUGAGGUUAUGACCUCUGAGUCUGCCACUGGUCGUGCAAGGGAAAUCGAGAUUGACUUCGACUUCAUGAUUGGGGCUGACGGAGCCCACUCCGCCGUCAGAUACCACAUGAUGAAGUUCGCGCACAUGGACUACAAACAAGAGUACAUUGAUACUCUCUGGUGCGAAUUUCAGAUCAAACCGGCCGAUCCCCCAACAACGGACAGCGCCGGGCCUCACUUCAGAAUCUCACCCAACCACCUUCACAUUUGGCCCGGCAAGGACUUCAUGUUCAUCGCCAUCCCCAGUGAUGAUGGAUCGUUCACAUGCACAUUAUUCCUACCCAACGAGCAGACAGCUGCCCUCGAAAGCAAUCCCGCCAGCCUUCCUGCCUUUUUCGACAAACACUUCCCUGGUGUUACCAAUUUGAUACCUGCCGACGACCUCAUCGCAUCCUUUAAGCAAAACCCGCAUCUGCCCCUGAUCAGCAUCAAGUGCAGCCCUCACCACUUCCAGUCAUCAGCAGUCCUGGUUGGCGACGCCGCCCACGCCAUGGUUCCUUUCUACGGCCAAGGCAUGAACGCGGGCCUGGAAGACGUCCGCGUUCUCUUUUCCACCCUUGACAAGCACAGAGUCUUGGACGAAAAUAACAGCCCCACGGGCGAGGCGAGUGACUCCGAUGCAGCAACUUACCAUAGAUCGGUGGCUUUUGCCGAGUACACGGCCAACCGAGUCCCGGACGCGCACUCCAUCAACGACCUCGCGCUGCAGAACUACGUAGAGAUGCGCGCCUCGGUCCUCUCUCCUCGCUACCGCCUUCGCAAGUGGUUGGAAGAGACCAUGUCCGUCUACCUGCCGGGUUUGGGCUGGCAGACCAAGUACUCCCGCGUCAGCUUCGGAAACGAGAGAUAUUCCGAAGUCGUCGCCAAGAGUGACCACCAGGGCCACGUCCUGAUGAAGUCUUUCGAGGCCCUGGUGUGCAGUCCUUUCGUAGUGGGGGCGGUGUAUCUGUGGUGGAAGCGACCACAGUGUGUUAUGGGUGCCGUUCAGGGGCUGUUGCGGUCGUUACUGCGAGCUUCGGAGAAAGCAUAG